AUGGUAUUUCCUGGUGAGCGAGACUGCAUGGCGACGAACCAUGAGAGACCGAGGAAGACUCUCCACAAUUUCACGUUCUCGAGCUGGGGGUUUCAGCAAAACAUGAGGUGCAUGAAGGUCGACGGUGCCUCCAGCGCCGCCGUUGACUACCGGAAUGGAGGUAGCGAGGUAGGGCUCGAGGAGUUUAGGGAGAAGCUGAUGAUGGAUAUUAGAACAGUUAAGGAGUCGAUGUUUAGGGUUUACGAAGAGGAGAGUGAAUCAGAACAACGGAAAGAGAUGGAAAGAGAGAUUUCUCCGGCCGUGGAGGUGAAGCCGUGGAAGUUAAGAAAGAGAAGAGAAGUGUGCAAGGCUCCUUUUAUUGUCGAGGAGGAAAGAGUGGGUAUGUCGAUGAGGUCCAAGUUUAUCUCCACGUUGUCUAAGAAAGAGGUGGAAGAUGAUAUGAUGAUGAUGAUGGGUCAUCCACCACGGCGACGACCCAAGAAACGUCCUAGAACACUUCAGAAAAAGAUCAACGUAUAUCCAACUCUGAACUCUCUCUCUUCUUCUUUGUUGUAG